UUUUUAAAUAAGCAACGUUAGAGAGGCUUAUUUGUUUUUUAAUCAUAAGAAUUAUCUUUUUUACAAUGACACAAUUAUUGAUGGCAAUCGCAAUUGCCAUUUUUGUCGCAGUGACAAGUCUUUCUUCUGCAAAAACGUACGAAAUUUCAACGGAAUGUCCAAAUUCUUUGAACGAAACCACAUUGCUUGCCCACGAACACGAUUGUACCAAAUAUUACAAAUGCUUUAACGGACAAAAACAAUCUAUGGAUUGUCCACCGUAUAUCCCAGGCCAUAGGAAGCAUUUUGACGCUGAAUCUAAAUCUUGCGUUCCACCAUGGAAAUCAAAAUGCGUAUCCCAAACGUUCGAUUGUUUCACCGAUGGUUACGUAGAACCCCAUCCUUACAACUGCAAUUUAUACUACGUAUGCACGAACGGUGAAAAAGUUGAAAACUCGUGCAAAGGAGGAGAGCUGUUCGAUUCCAAAACUAUGAAAUGUGUGGCUAAGGAGAAGGCGACGUGUAACCUAUAUGUAUGCCCCAAUGGUAAAUUUGAUCCCGUAUUCUUGCCCCACGAAUGCAAAUGUCAAUCUCUGUAUUACGAAUGCGUCGACGGAGAAUUCGUCGAAAGAUAUUGCCAGAAGGGUGAAGAUUUCGAUGUCGAAAGUAGGAGAUGCGUUUUAUCUCAUAAAGUGGGAUGCAACGCGACGACUGUCAAUGAUUGUCCUGUAAUCGGUAUCGCAUAUAUCGCUGACAAGACCGAUUGCAGUUCGUAUUACGUGUGCAAGAAUGGGGUGAAAAGCAAGAAAAUUUGCGACUUUGGAUUGUCUUACAACGAGGAAAGUUCCAUGUGCACUUGGCCGCCAAGCAGCAUGUGCUCUUCGAAAUCGUUAAAACCAAAGAAGGCUGCUACACCUAAAGCGAUCGAGCAAGUGGAGACUAAUCGAAAAUGUCCGCCGAAGGGAUCGGAGGAGAAAGCUGCGAAAUUUCCGCACGAAUGCUCUUGUACCGUGUAUUACGAGUGCAAGGAUGGGCAAUUGUUCCGUGAAACGUGUCCGAACGGUCUGAUUUACGAUCACACUCGAGAAGUUUGCGAUUAUCCGCAUCGUGCCAAAUGUAAAAACCAAAAAUUCAAUUAUGAUUUUACACUCAGAAAUUCUGAGUGUCCACCAACUGGUAAUGCACGCAUACCUCACGAAACAGAUUGUUCCUUAUAUUACGAAUGCAAUAAUGGUCGCAAACGUCUGCAAUCGUGUCUACAAGGGCAUUAUUUCAACGAUUUAAUCGAAUCGUGUGACUUACCCUGGAAUGUAAAUUGUAAGAAUUCGCCAAAUUCUAAUAGUAGUAUACCGCAGGAACCUUCUGAAUGCAAGGAAUGUGGUUGCAACAAUUGUAUCACCCGAUUUCCCGAUCUUCACAAUUGUUCCCUGUAUUAUCAAUGUGAAAAUGAUAAAAAAGUUUUAAAGGAAUGCCCCGAAGGCCUUCAUUACGACAGUGUGAAUCAGAUUUGCAAUUUUCCGAAAAAUGUGAAUUGCGAGAAAUGCAAAGAGGGUGAGAAACGUCCUCACGAAUGUCAAUGCAAUGAAUAUUACGAAUGCGUAAACGGGUACGAAGUGCUUCGGGUAUGUCCGCAGGGACAAUACUUUGAUCGGAACAGAAAAAUAUGUAAAGAAGGGAAAUGUCCUGACAAAGUUGAUCAAGUUGGUUGUAUUGGUACUUGCUCGUCGUUUUAUUCCACGGAAUAUUUACUUCAUAAAGAUUGUGACAAGUAUUGCGUAUGCGAAAAUGGACAUCCCUAUAUCGUUAAAUGCCCUAAGAAGAAGGUCUACGAUCCAAAGAAUCAAAGAUGCGAGUGGCCAGAAAACGUGGCGAAUUUGACGUGCGAUCCUUUUCCAUGCGAUUCCAGUUCCGAGGGAGAUAAUCUUCCUCAUAAAUGUCACUGUGAUAAAUAUUUCGUGUGCAGAAAUGGAUUGAAAUACCGUGAAAAUUGCGAGGAAGGAAAAUACUUUGAUUAUGAAAAAGAAAUUUGUGUUGAUAUUAAUCAGGCCCAUUGUUAUCACGGUAAAAAAUUAAAAUCAGAACCGUAAUGCAACGGAAUCUGUACCAGUUUAUAAUUCCAUAUAUCCAAAGCUUCAUAAUUGCAUGCAAUGUUGUAAAUGUGAAAAUGGAACGGGAAGAAUCUCGUGUCCCAAAAAUCUCUAUGACGAGGACAGAGGAUUGACCUGAGAACAUACAAAAUUUAUUUAAAUUUAUCGCAAAUUAUUCGAAUGAAUGAAUGAUAAGGACAAAAAUUUACCUCGUGAAAGUAAUUAUAUUGUAAUAUUACGCAUGUCAUAAUGGAAGGAAAUAUUUUAAAAAAAUGUGACAAAGGAUUAUAUUUUGACUAUGUACUUCAAACGCGAAAUAGAAAUCGAUUUUUGUUAUUAUUAUAUAUUAUUGUUUAUUAUUGAAUUAUUAUAAACGAUAUAAGAGUGAAGGGAUACAUUGGUAUUUGUUCAAUUCUACCUUCUCUUGCAUCUCUUGCAUCAUUAAAAUUAUAUAUAAUGUUGCGUUCUUUAUAUCAGAACAUAUUACAAUGAAUAAGAAUAUAAAUAUAGAUUUUCAAUUGUAAUUAGAAAUAAUAAAAAAAAGAAUCACGUCAAAGGUA